GGGAGAACUUUCGCGUCGCUUUCUUUUUCGCAGGCGCUGUGUGCGAGCGAAAUGAGAUUUUUGCAGAAAUGGCACCUUGUAUGGGUGAUACGACCUGGCCGCUUUCGGGAGGGACAGGUGGCGUGUCAGGUACACCGGGCGAACGCAUGUGCGAAGCUGCGUACGCGUACACUCUUCUUUGCCAUCUCUCACUCUCUCUCUCUCACUCUCUCUCUCUCUCUCUCUCGUCCAUUGCUCUUUCGACACGCACUUUUCCCCCUCCCAGGAAAAGGCACAACUUUUGCUAGUGGAGGCUCGUCCGGCACAGGAAACGUUGGAGAAGAAGUGUUUUUAACUCUUUCUAUCAUUCUCUCUUUCUCUUUCGCUCGUGUGAAUUGUCUCCAGACAGGGGGAGCGAUCUGGGCGAUCUGCGAGAAAAGAAAGCCGAACGUAGAGGAAGGUUGGCCGUGCUGCUGCUGCUGCUGCUGUGGCCCAGUCACCGCUGCAAGAGUGAGCGAACACGAGCCACAGACACGGAGCCGGAGAGCCGGGUUUUGCUUUCUUCGCGGCGUUCGCGGCCGGGGUCGCUGGAUGACCACGUGCGUGCGUGUGUGUGUGUGGUUGUAUCUUUUUUUUUUUUGCGCAAUUCCAUCAGCUCCAAAACGAGAGCCGAAGAAAGUAGAAAGAGAAGAGCGCGGUGAAAGAUAGAGCGAGCAUACCAUAGCGAGCCCCGCACGGUAAGAAAAGGGCAGCAAAGCGCACCCGUGCGGGGUUUUGCCUGUGAACUAGGGGUGGAUGGAGGAUGGGGGCCCUGGAUGGUGGGGGGCGAUUGAAAGCGUGGUGACGCUGCGGUCCAUACAUCAUCAUCUGCGCGGGUUUCGGAGGCGCACCUGGGGACACACGGGUGCUCACAGCGGAUCGACUAUAACGCUGAAAGCAAACAGGUGAAUUAAACAUUCUGCCAUAGACAACCGUGGCGUUCGGACGCGCGGCUACCCGAGAUCGCAACAAACAAACAACGGGAAGCACAAGAGAAAAAAAUAACAAAACCAAAUCUAUAUACACAUACGCACAGACCAUCUCAGCGGUCACAGCCAGGGAACCUGGGACCGACGCUAGGUGUGCUUAUCAGCAGGCCCUUGCCCAACAGGCAGACAGUACACCUGUGCCGCUCAACACGGACGGAUGCUGGGAGUGGCGCCGUAGCCCGGUGGCGUGAAUUUUGCAGUUCAAAUUGACAGUUGGUGCCGUGCGCAAGAAACACAUUGCCGGACAGUGAGCGUGGUGUUGCUUUCGUUCGUGCCGCGUUGGAACAGUGUUUCGCGUUCGGGAUUUGAUAUUCUUUACUGUACGUGCAAGUGCCUAGCUGCCAGCGAACCUAGUAUCAUUAGUAGCAGUGCAGUAUCUUGCUCUCGCCGUGGAAGUUACGCAAAGAUUGUUGCGACUGUGAACUAACUGGUGGUUUAAGAUUUUCGAAUUUCGAAAACAAAACAAGCAAGUGAUAGUGACCCGUGCUAUCGUUACGCACGGUGACAGUUGUCUGGUGGUUUACAGCGGUACGCGCGCAACCAGUGAAAUAAUAACAAGCGGCACCACAGACAAAGAUUGAGCAUGCGGCUGACGAGAUUAUUUUACUCCACGUUACUGAUAGGAAUACUGCAGAUCAAUCAUCCUUUUAUGUCAUUUGCUUACUGUGAAAAAUCUUCUCGGCUAAAGUGCAGGAAGGCGUUGCAGCUGACGGUGGCCGAGGAUCAGGUCGAGGUAGUGAAAUCGGUCAGCCCGGGCGAUGAGGCAGCAAAGCGCGACAACGAUUCGGACCAGGUGGCGCUCGAGUCGGUCGAUCAGGAUCUGCAAGGUUCUGCACCGGUCCAGUCCGCCUACCCGCAGCACUUACCGUCGCCGCUGGGCCACGGACCGGGCGCUUUGGGAGGCCCAGGCUUGGCGAAACAUGGCCCGGGGCCACAGCACGGCCCACUGCCCCAUCACGGACCGCCAAUACCGCACGGCCCCAGUCGAGCAUCGCUAGGUCUUGGGCAGCCGUUUGGACCGCCGCCGCCGCCGCCACCGCAAGCGCUGCCCGUGGCGCACGCGUACCAUGGGCCACCACCACCGCCGCCGCCACCCGGCAUGCUCAAGGCGCAGGCGAGCGAGCUCAGCCCGGAGAAGCUGUACGGGCCGCCCCUCGCCGGCAACGAGCUGUGGUCCUCGCCCCUCCAGGACAUGCCCAAGAUCGUGUCGCUCGACGUGAAGUGCGAGAAGCAGGGCAUGAAGGUGUUCGUCCAGUUCGACAAACCGUUCUUCGGCAUCGUCUUCUCCAAGGGCCACUACAGCAACGUCAACUGUGUGCAUCUGCCGGCCGGGCUCGGCAAAACAUCCGCCUCGUUCGACAUCGGCAUCCACGAGUGUGGCACCGCCGGCAACACGGACAACGUGCUGUACAACGGCUACUCCGGCACGGACACGAACGCGGGCUCGUACUUCGAGAACAUCAUCGUGCUGCAGUACGACCCGCAGGUGCAGGAGGUGUGGGACCAGGCCCGGAAGCUGCGCUGCACCUGGCACGACCAGUACGAGAAGUCGGUAACGUUCCGGCCGUUCCCGGUCGAUAUGCUCGACGUGAUACGGGCGGACUUUGCCGGCGACAACGUCGGCUGCUGGAUGCAGAUCCAGGUCGGCAAGGGCCCGUGGGCGUCCGAGGUGUCCGGGCUGGUCAAGAUCGGCCAGACGAUGACGAUGGUGCUGGCGAUCAAGGACGACGACAGCAAGUUCGACAUGCUGGUGCGCAACUGCAUGGCGCACGACGGCAAGCGGGCGCCGAUCCAGCUGGUGGACCAGCGCGGCUGCGUCACCCGCCCGAAGCUGAUGUCGCGCUUCACCAAGAUCAAGAACUUUGGCGCGAGCGCCUCGGUCCUCUCGUACGCCCACUUCCAGGCGUUCAAGUUCCCCGACUCGAUGGAGGUGCACUUCCAGUGCACGAUCCAGAUCUGCCGCUACCAGUGCCCGGACCAGUGCACCGAUCCGGGCGUGCUCGACGUGCACCACCUGUCCGGCGGGCCCGAACACCAGCAGUACGGGCCGCCGCCGCCGCCGCCGCCACCGUCCCCGCCCCAGUCGCUCGAUGCGCACGUGUUCACCUCGAACCGGAAGCGGGACGACCGGCGGAUUCGGCGCACGCGCGCCACCGACCCGGAGCAGAAGGAGGACGUCGGGCUGAACCGCGUCAUCCGGGUGGUGUCGCCCGGCGACCUGACCUUCCCGAUCGGGCCGAGCUCGGCCAACGAGACGGAUGGUGCCGCCGCCGCCGCCACGAUGGUGUUUUCGGCCCGCGAGGAGGGCCUGAUCUGCAUGACCACGCCCGGCUUCACCGUCACGAUCGUCGUGCUGCUGUCGAUACUGCUCGCGUCCUGCGUCACGUCCGCGUUCCUCUGCAUACGCCUCAAGCCGUUCUCGCUGUCGCGGGCCAAGGAGCGGUCGGUCGCGUUCACCAACCCGCACCUGACGCCGGCGGGGACCGUGCUGACCAGCGGGGCCAGCUCGAUCGUCGGCACGCUCAAGUCGACCAAGUCGGGCGCCGCCGCCACCGCCAGCAGCAACAAAGCGCGCAUGUUCUACACCUGAGCACGGGCUGGACGGUGCAGGUUCGAACCUUAACCUUUUCCCUGCAGCAACAGACACACACACACACACCCAGAAACACAUCAAU